GUGGUACUGACAGAUGUUGACGUCUGUCAUUUCUGUCAAAUUUUAUUUUAUAUUUUUUUUGUUACUUUUUUGUAUAUAUUUUUUUUGUCUCAAUUGUUUUUAACAUAAGAAGUAUCUAUCAAAACAUUGUCUAAGUACUAUAAGGCAUACAGUGAUAUAUGUAUAGGUAAUCCGGAUAAAUAUAAAUGGCAUUAACAUCUGUACAAUACAUGGACAUUUGUAAUGAAUUAGUAUCUAGUGCAACAAAUACCUCUUUGAAUCUUUUAAAACAUAACUUCCGAGAUGUUAUAAAUUCUAACAGAAGAUUCUGCAAAAUCGAAAAUAUACACAGUUUGUUCAAAGUAUUAGAAAAAAGGGGCAUUUUAUGUGUUGAAAAUGGGUCCAUAUUGAAACACAUAAUUGAUUUAAUCGCUCCCAAUAAUCAACGUAUCCAAACUAUACUUAAUUCCAAUUCUCGGAACACAGGAGUUACUAGAGUAAUUCCACCUGUCUCAGAUGACUACAUUGAACAAAUUCAUGAUUUAAUUAGACUUGAAAUGGGCGAUAAAUGGAAGGAAUUAGCCAGGGCACUGAAAAUUUCUGAAGGAAUUAUUGAUAAUCUUGAUUCCCAACACAGGGGGAAUAUUCCAGAAAUGGUUAAAGAAAUUUUAGAAAACCAUUUGCAAAGGCUUAAAAAUAAUCCCCAUAUGUGGAGAUCUAAACUACAGCAGGCAUUGGUCUCUGCUCGUAGAACAGAUCUAGCUGAGAGAGUUGACAGUAUACUUGCUAAUAGCAAUGCCAGUUAAAAACCUAUAUACCUAGUUAAACUUAUUGUUUUACUUGUCUAAUAUAAACUUAAAGAAUAAUAUAAUAUAAAUAUGUAAUAUACUAUGUAAGUUGCAUUAAUUAUUAUAAGAAAAUCAUGAAUAAACUUUGAGAAAUAAAAC